AUGUCUUUCCAAAACACACUCAGACGCUGGGCCCUCCGACCCUUUGACUCCAAUAUCCCCAGCUUGUUGUCUACAAGCACAACGAUGCGCUUCCCAAUUCGCCGGCCAUUCUCCCUUGCGCAUGCGCAAACACAGGUCCUCAAAAGUCAGAAACAAACGCCCUCACUGAGAUUAUUCCAGCGAUCGCAAUGGCAAUUGCGGAAAACUCUUUUCCGCACCCGAAUUCGGCGGUCCUUCCACACUACUCGCCCGGGAUUCAACAAGUCCUCCGGAUCCGGAUACACAUAUCAGUCGCCCAACGCGACACCUUCGCUUUCGCAGCGCCUCAAGACUCUCUCCCGCGAGUACGGCUGGUCUGCGCUUUGGAUUUACCUCUUUCUCUCGGCGUUGGAUUUCCCCUUCUGCUUCGCGGCCGUCAAGCUUCUUGGCGCGGAUAAAAUUGGGCAUUACGAGCAUGUUAUUGUUGAAAGCUUUAAGGGAGCCGUGAAUAGGGUUUGGCCAGGGGCCUUUGAUGAGUCAAAAGACGAGAGCAAGGAUGCUGAAGCUGAGGCUGCUGAGAAGAAUAAGAAGAGGAGAGGGCCAGUCGAGGAGGCCAGCUUAUGGACACAGCUUGCUCUCGCUUACGCUAUUCACAAGAGUUUCAUUUUCGUGCGCGUGCCUCUGACGGCGGCGAUUACGCCCAAGGUCGUCAAACAGCUCAGAAAAUGGGGCUGGGAUGUGGUUAAAGGCAAGCCCAAAGCCAGAUAG